AUGGCAGUGUUAGACAUGGUUCUGAUGCCAGCUUGCUUCAGUGGCUUCUGCACAGUGCCUCUCACUUCUGCCCCUCCUGCAACAAGACAUUUCACUUGGACCAGAUGGAGAAGAAGUUGGGCAAGAAAGCUUGUCAAAGUCUCCAAGAUCUUCAACAUUUUUCUUAAAGACAAACAAAAACAGUUCUGUUGUUUUGUCUGCAGCAAAUACUCCCCUCUUGAUGACACUGACCAUGCUCCCCCAAAUGCUUCCAAAAGCAUUAUGAUGCCAUGUCCUCCCACAACUUGGACUUUGACAACAUCUGCAUGCAGUUCACCUGCAGCUUUUAGCAAUGGAAGCAAACCACCUUCUUUGUCUGCCCUGUUGCCUCUUGCAUUGUUCAAGACUGGUAUACAAGGCCAGAUGCAGAUGCUAAGACAUACUUGUACAUCACAGGCAUCAUUGACCAGACCAAACCAAGGUUCAGCCAGUAAGAUUACUUUUGUUUCCCAUCUUGUCAAUGACCACAAGUUUCUGAUCCUUCAUGCUGGUGACAAUAGUGUCAUCAAGGCUGUCAGCACCAACAACAAGUACAAGCUUUCACAAUUACUGCCAUACAUUCCUCUGAGCAUGAAAGCCAUGAGUGAUGUGGAGAUUGAGCACCUGUACCCUCAAUUCAAUGGCUGCUAUGCCCAGCAGAACUACAAUACACUUUGCAUGAAAGCCAAGAAAGGAUAUAAGUCAGUGAUGCAUUCCACAAAAGCUCUGCCAGCAUUGCAGAGUAAGAAAAGGAAGGAGUACAAGCAGGGGUACAAGGAGUUCUUGGAUGAGGAGGUGGCCAAAGCAAUGUGUGUAGAGAACAAUGGAAAGAAUAUGGAGCAUUGUCAUGUGUGGAAUGCCAGCAUGAACAUGGAGGAAAAAAUGGCUAAGAGAAGUAAGGAUGCUGCAAAGGCAAGGGAACAGCUGGAGAGGGUCAAAGAUGACCUGGAUUUCAAGGAAGAGGAAGAGCAAGGUUGA